UCGGAUCCCCCCGGAGCCGGUGGAGGAAGGCCGGGGGUUGCUGACCCCCCCCCCUCCCCCCAUGUCCACCCUCCCCCCACCCUCCCCCCUCCCCCCCUCCCUCUCCUCCCUCUCCGUCACCGACCCCAAAUCCCCCCGAUCCCCCCAAUCCCCUCCUCCCAAACCCCCCAAAUCCCCUCCCCAAUCCCCCAAAUCCCCUCGGAGCCCCCCUAAAUCUCCGGACGAGGACUGGGGAGUUCCCUGGAGCGAGGAAGAGGAAGAAGGAGCCGAACCCGAGGGGGGGUGGAUCCCAAAUCCCGAAGAAAUCCGGAGGCUCUACGAGGGCAUCGCCAGGGCCGGGGUCCUGCCCCUCCGGAACGUUCCGUUCCCACGCAGGGACCCCACCCCCGAAACCCUGAGCGAGCCCGAGGAGGGGGGGGAGCCGGGGGGGAGCCCCGGCCACCAGGAGCAGCAGCAGCAACCUCCACCCCCUACAGAAUUUGAUUUUGACGACGACCCCGUCGCCCCCAACCCUUCCCUCAUCGAUCGACGCCGCACCCCAGGACCCCCGAACCGAGGCCAGAAAAGAGAAGCUCGUCUGGAUAAAGUUUUGUCUGAUAUGAAACGUCACAAAAAAUUAGAAGAACAAAUUUUGAGGACUGGUCAAGAUCUUUUUCCACCUGAAAAUGAGGAAUCCCCAACUCCAAAAAGAACCCCGGGAUUUGUGGAGGAGAUCCGGGGCUGCAUCGAGAAGCUCUCGGAGGACGUGGAGCAGGUGAAGAAACAGCACAGCGCAAUCCUGGCAGCGCCGAACCCAGACGAGAAGACGAAGCAGGAGCUCGAGGACCUCACGGCCGACAUCAAGAAAACGGCGAACAAAGUGCGCUCCAAAUUGAAAGCCAUCGAGCAGAGCAUCGAGCAGGAGGAGGGGCUGAACCGCUCCUCGGCCGACCUGCGCAUCCGCAAGACGCAGCACUCCACGCUGUCCCGGAAGUUCGUCGAGGUGAUGACCGAGUACAACGCGACGCAGUCCAAGUACCGCGACCGCUGCAAGGACCGGAUCCAGCGCCAGCUCGAGAUCACCGGCCGGACCACGACCAACGAGGAGCUGGAGGACAUGCUGGAGAGCGGCAAGCUGGCCAUCUUCACGGACGACAUCAAGAUGGACUCGCAGAUGACGAAGCAGGCGCUGAACGAGAUCGAGACGCGGCACAACGAGAUCAUCAAACUGGAGACGAGCAUCCGCGAGCUGCACGACAUGUUCGUGGACAUGGCCAUGCUCGUGGAGAGCCAGGGCGAGAUGAUCGACCGCAUCGAGUACAACGUGGAGCACUCGGUGGAUUACGUCGAGCGCGCCGUGUCCGACACCAAAAAAGCCGUCAAGUACCAGAGCAAGGCCCGGCGGAAGAAGAUCAUGAUCAUCAUCUGCUGCGUGGUGCUGGGCGUGGUCCUGGCCUCCUCCAUCGGCGGCACCUUGGGCUUGUAAAGCCCCUCCCCCCACCCCUCCAUGGCCCCGCCCACUCGGGGGUGUGGCAGCCCAC